UUUGGAAACCUUCCGACAGAAGUUUGGAACAACGAACCGGCCUCGCCAACUAUAAAUCACGCCGUUGCCCUUUAUAGUAUAAACGAUUAAAAAAAAUCACGGAGUAUUUUAAUAAAAGCGAAACUUCAUCUGAAUAUUGCAAGCAGGAAAAAUGGCAUAACAAAUGUGAAGACGCAUUGCAUGAUCAUUAUUAAUUAAGGGUUUGGUGUUCAUAGGAAAAAACUAUAAGUACACCUUUUCGCCCUUACUCUCAGAUGCUACUCGGAAAACGAGUCUUCCAUUCCUUUCCUUUUAACAUUUAGCAUUAAUGGCUCUAUACACAGUAGCAGCGUCUAAAUCCUUUGUCCAAACCACACUACAUUCAGUUGUGGCACCUUCCAGGCCCCUUCUGCCCAUUAAAGCAUUGUUUCAUCGAACACACACAAGAUCAUCUGCUCAAAAAACAGGGAAAAUGCGGUUGGUUCUUCAGCCUAUCAGGGCAACUUCAGAAGAAACUUCCAAUGAUGUCUUAAAAUCUAUUGGUGAAGUCCUGGGUGACUGGAAAGAAACGUGGGAUUCAAUUGAAAAUAAGUCAACAGUGUUUGUCUUUGGAGCUGGUGCUGUGGCAGCUUUGUGGAUUUCAUCAACUGUAAUUAGUGCAAUCAACUCUGUUCCUUUGCUUCCGAAAGUAAUGGAGCUCAUUGGCCUCAGCUAUUCAUUGUGGUUUACCUACCGCUACCUUCUUUUCAAGGAAAGCAGGAAGGAACUAGCAGCAAACAUUGAGGAGCUUAAACAAAAAGUUACUGGAACAGAAGAUGAUUAAUGCUGACAUCGAGCAGUUCAAUUUUUUCCAUCAAUCUAACAUCUAUUAGUUGCAAUGCUGCUCCAAGAUAUCGUGCAGCUACAUACACCACCUUGGCAGCUACUUUUAGCAUUAAUCAGUACUGCUCUCAGAUAAUGUGCAGCUGCAUACGUCACCCUGGCCGCUACCUUUAGCAUUAAAACAAUAAUGCCUUCUUUGACGAUAUGUUAACUGUAAUCAAAUUUUGCAAUGAUAGAAUUUUCUUGGCGUGUUUUCUUUUUA